GAAAAAGCACUGCAACAAUACUCCCCAACAACUGCUGGGACCACUGAACUCAGAAACACGGCAAGAGAUCAUAUUUGAAAUAUGGCUCAAAGUGACUUCCUCUACCCAGAGAACCCAAAAAGGCGGCAAGAAGUAAAUCGUCUUCACCAGGAGCUCCUUGACUGCUUAUCUGACAGCUUCCAUGCCACCAAUAAGCUGAUUGGGGUUUUAAAUACGCACUUAGGGUGCAGGCUGGCCUCCACUGAAAUGAAAAGAGAUGCGACCAUCAAAGAAAACUGUGAUAUCAUCAUCCAAGCCAUGAUGAAGAUCCAAAAAGAAUUGCAAAAGGUUGAUGAAGCACUAAAAGAUAAACUAGAGCCAACCCUUUAUAGAAAACUUCAGGAUAUUAAGGAAAAAGAAACCGAGAAAAUUGCAAUAGUACAAAAGGUUAUUUCAGUCAUCCUGGGAGAAGCUACUUCUGCUGCCAGUGCAGUGGCUGUUAAACUCGUGGGCUCAAACAUCACAACUGGCAUAAUUAACAAGUUGGUCACUGUGUUAGCUCAAAUUGGUGCUUCUCUCCUUGGUAGCAUAGGAGUUGCUGUUCUUGGCCUUGGCAUAGAUAUGAUCUUCCGUGCCAUCCUGGGAGCAGUGGAGAAAACACAGCUUCAAGAAGCCAUCAAAAGUUAUGAGAAGCAUCUGGUGGAAUUCAAGUCAGCCUCAGAAAAAUAUCAUCAUGCCAUUAUCGAGGUCACCAACACAGUGAAACACCAGAUGAAAUAA